AUGUACGAGGCGGCACGGGCGACAGACAAGGCAACGUGCGAGGCCAACAUCGACAAGAUCGCGGCCCUCAACCCAGCUGCCGGGAAGUAUAUCCGCCUGCAAACCCGCCACGAGUGGGCGAUGUACGCUACCCGCGGCAACGUCGUCCAAGACCAGGUCACGUCCAACAUGUCGGAGACGGCCAACAACAUGAUGGGACCGGAUGCACACACGACGAAGUUUAUGGUGUAUCAAUUGAAGUACGUGUCACUGGCUGACGCCCGGCGAUCGAGCCGGGUGAGCUUGUUCGGAGCGGCCCCAGUACCAGAGAAGUUUGGGAGUUUCGAUGACACCGAGAAGUACUGCGGUGCGGUGCCCUCGGACCACUACCUGCGGGACGUGUGGCGCACGUACUUCUCAGAACUUCCUGUGCUGGAGGUGGAAGGCGUGAAGUGGACGCGGGAGGACUAUUUGCCCCGCGUGCACCAGCGCUGCGACGGAACCGUACUCGCUGGAGAUGCUUCGUUCAAGUUUGCGAAGAUCAUUCGGCUAGGGGCAACAGCGCACGGAGAGCGCACCCGCCCCGUGCACGGCAUUUUCACAGUCUUCAACGAAUACGAGCAGGUCCAGUAGCAUGCGCCUCUCGCCGUCCGUAGAUAUGUUUCGUUCGUACUUUGAGCUUGUUUCCCCUGUGGUGUUUUCGUCGUAGGGGUGUUUGCGUGUUAGUCCUUAGGCCUUGUGCCGUGUUGCCGUGUGGUGUGUGCGAAAUUGGUUCCACCUGGGUUCUCUCAUGGAGCUUGAGCCGUGGUCCGAUUUUCCACUCGCUGUGUUUCCUUCUUGCAUGCCUCUUGCCAGGUUUCGGCGCGCACAGAGCGAACUGAAAUACAUUUAAGCACGGAAGAAAAGGGUGUUCCCGCCCUGCCUUUGCAAUGUCUGCCGUGGCUCAUACACUGAAAGCUGAAUUUUACUUGUAUAGACUAUACGUAAAACGGGCAUGGGGUUCCUGGUGUUCUUGUUAUAUUAAACCGCCCAGCAAUAUGAUGCAGGGAGGAACCGAUUAGACUAUUCUGUGGUAGAAGCUUGCACCUGAAGCGUGCGAUACAGCAGUAGCGGUUACGCGUCAUGGUUUCGGCGAGUCAUAUGUAUUAUGAUGUUGAUACCGUUUUUUUUUCUCUUUAUCUUUGGGCGAGAGUUCAUGACUAACAGUUUCAAGAAGACGUCACGUUCUGAUGGCGAGCACGAAGAAUACUCUUUUCCUGUAGAAAAUAACACAUGUUGUUGUUCUGAAGCUGCACACGCGAGACAGAGAAAAGCUGCCAUGUUUCGCGCAGACUGCAAUUUUGCAGGCGUGUACAGCAACAAACUACAGUUUCCUUCGCGUAAACGGUGGUUUACUCGCUAAUUUACCGCCAAUAGGUGGUGAUGGCCCUCCCAUCGUGAAGAAAAAUCGGGAAAAAAAAGGAAUGUGCAAACAAAGUUUGGCGCUGAUGGGGAUUGAACCCAUAACCUCGGCCACUGAAUAACCACACAUGGAUUCCUGCUGUCAAACUUUAAGACAAUGAAAGGACGCGUCAUUCGAAUACGCCUCUUCGUAUUUUUUUCGCGCUUCGCGCGAAAUAAGUAUAACUCGUUCCCGGGUUGCCCUACCCAUGGUCGCU